CAACUUCAUGUUUCACAAGCGCAGUUUUUAAACAAUGUCAACAUGCAAAGGAGUUAGGCAAUGAUUAGGACAUCUGGCAUCUGGGGCUAUUCUAAUGGCCAUUACUCUACCAUCACUGAAUCCUAAAUGGGGAGAUAUGGUCUGCAGGUUAUUGGUGAUUUAUCAAAGUGAAAUGAAGCUCGGUGAUUAAGAAGGGAAUAAGUCAGUCCUGGUUGACGGAUCAACUCUUGCUGUAUGUCUAAUUGUCCAAUCUGAUGAUUUUUACACACUAACAAUCUUCAUUAAUCCAUCAGGAACAAAAGCUGGAACACAAUACAGUAGAUUACGGCUACAAGCCUACAAUGACUGUGCAUGAUACAUGUCUGUGCAUACCGGUAUGUGACAGAACAAGCCGAUGUAAUAUGUGUUAGCCGAAAAUUAGAUUGCACUUUUACACAUUUUGAACAACUGGCUGGCUUUUAGCCAAAUCAUUUUCAUCUGCAUUUUUUCGAACGACUUGGAUGUCAAAGGUGAAGCAGUAUCAUUUGUGAAUGAUAUAGAAUACUGACGAUCACUUUCUCCUACUUACAGUUCAAAGUAACAAUCUUUUACUCCACAUUUUGGGAAGAAUCUCUACGGUAUUCUACCAUAAAUCACAAUGGUUGAAGUUUUGUUUCAUUCCUUGACUGGUGGGUUUAAAAUCCAAAUAUUAGUAAUUCCUAUCAUUCUCACGAUUCUACAUGGAUGUAAAUCCACACAAUUAUCUAAAAUACAAGGGCAAGAAGCUAACUUGAUUUUCCCAUACCCAUGUGACAGUACAGAAGUCACUUUAGUACAGCAUUCAAGCAGAGCCCCAUUUUAUCGCUUGACAGACGGGUCGUCGCAGCUGUCAUUGCCUGGAAGUCAACUCCAUAGAUUCCAUGUGCAAAAUAGAAUCAAAAAUGGAAACUGCUCUCUGGAUCUUACAAUAACUAAUCUAAUGAGAAAUGAUGCAGGGAAAUACAUCUCAUUGGUUUACAAGGAUGGGAAGUCAAUUGUUGAUCACACAACAAGAGUCGAACUGCAAAUACACUAUCCUCCUGGUAAGGCAUCAUGUGUUGUGAGUGAAGGAAAGGGUAGAGACUGGGUCUCAAUAGACUGUACAGCUAAUGUUGGGAGUCUAUCAGGAAAGAUUGAAUGCUAUCAGGAUGGUGUAUGGAUGCCUUCCCUUACUGACCCCAGUGAAACUGGCACAUUGUUGAAACAGACCAUUCUCAUCAGGAAAUCUCUGCCAGUUUUUUGUUGCUCUUCUACUUUAGAUGAAUACAAAGAAAGAUGUGAAUGUAAUGAUACUGGUCUGUAUAUCGCUGAUGAUGAUAGCAAUGACCCUUGCCCUCCUUUAGAAAUUACAACAAUGCCUCUUCUUUCCACUGUCACACAAAGCAAUCAGAGUGUUUACUAUUUUAGUAUGGUGACCUCCAUUCCGAUUAAUACGGAAACAUGCAACUCCAACAAAUGGGUGAUCAUUGAGUCCAUUCUCUUGCCUAUCUAUGCUAUAGUGCUAAUCUUGAGUUUGUUUUUCCACUAUAAAAUUAAAACAAAGAUCAGAAAUAAUAGAAAUGUUAAAGAUCCUCCCAUUCCUUUACAUUUGGAUACACCACUACUUCAGAUGAUGAAAAAUAGAUUGAUGAAAAAUGGAUCAAGAAAAAAUACAGAAUCGGCAUGAAUUCUAAUCAGUACAAAAUACUUUGAAGAGCAUUGAACGUUGUACGACAUAUCAUUAAACUUGAGUGAAAAUGCUUCAAUAUACUUGAAUGAAGACUCCAAAGAAAAUUAUAAAAACCUCAUACUGAUUUUAAGCUAAAUUUCUAAUUGAACUGAAUUCUGAGAAAAGUAAUAGAGUAUACAAAUUAUUUGUUUCUAAUUAGAAUUCUGUUAAUGUUAGAAAUUAGAAAUUGUAAUGUCCUUUAGGGGAAGAUGAAUUACAAUUCAUUUUUUUAAAAUAACAUUACCCAUAGUUUACAGAGACAGAUUUAUCUAGAAUGAACAAAAGAAAACACAGCACAAAAAAAUGUCAGAAUGGCUGCCAUUCAGUGAGUCAGGAUUGUAAAUACAAGUUUUUGUUGAUCAAAGACACUUUCAUACUGAGUUACAUGUACUUCAAUGUUUUUUUAAUUAUGUUCUUUUAUGAUGUCUUCCAUUCAAUGAGGUCAGGAUUGUAAAUACAAGUUUUUGUUGAUCAAAGACACUUUCAUACUGAGUUACAUGUACUUCAAUGUUUUUUUGAAUUAUGUUCUUUUAUGAUGUCUUCCAUUCAAUGAGGUCAGGAUUGUAAAUACAAGUUUUUGUUGAUCAAAGACACUUUCAUACUGAGUUACAUGUACUUCAAUGUUUUUGAAUUAUGUUCUUUUAUGAUGUCUUCCAUUCAAUGAGGUCAGGAUUGUAAAAACAAGUUUUUGUUGAUCAAAGACACUUUCAUACUGUGUUACAUGAACUUCAAUGUUUUUGAAUUAAUAUUAUGUUCUUUUAUGAUGUCUUCCAUUCAAUGAGGUCAGGAUUGUAAAUACAAGUUUCUGUUGAUCAAAGACACUCUAAUACUGUGUUA